AUGUUCGGACCUACCGCUAUCCCUACCUUUAAUGAUUCAAGUAGUGAGGCGUAUUCUUAUGGUGUUGUAAACCGUAAAGAGUACAACAGCCAGUGGCAAAUGGCGAAUUUCUUUGACAAUUUAAGGUCAACAAUGAGGGGCAUGUCACCAUCAAAGGUUGCAGAAUGCUACACGAAAUGGACGGAAAAUGGGCAGUAUGACAAGGACAUGGAAGCACGCAAUUUUUCUGCACCAUCAAUCAUAGCUGACGAAGUGGCCAAAUGUUUCCCGGUGACUAGAGAUAAAAUUAAGAUAAUGGACAUUGCCUGUGGAACCGGUCUUGUUGGAGAAAAGGAAUCAUUUACGGCAGCGUACGGCUUUACAGAUAUUGAUGGUCUUGACCCAUCUGAAGGAAUGUUAAAUCAGUGUAAGGAAAGGCGUCACUACAAGAAUCUAUAUCAAGAAUUCUGUGGUGACAAUCAACUUUAUAUUGAUAAUGGUAAAUAUGACUGUUUGUUAGUGUGUGGUGGAUUCGGGGAGAACCAUAUACCUUGUUCAGGCCUAAUUGAGAUGAUUCGUAUAGUAAAAACAG